GCCUAAUCAGUGGUCAGCGAGGUCGAAGGCUGUGAUAGUCGGGAACAGAGCAGCAGACAACAAUAGUGAAUGCUAUCGAGAGCAUUACAAUGCCACUGAACUACGCAGAUGUGCCAUUACAGUACGCGAAACGUAAAUAUCUCCACAAAGAAGAUGUGGAAUACCUCAAAUCUUGGAUGGGGAAGCAACCGCACUUACCCCAACUAAGCGAUCUGGAAGUGAUCUUUGCCCUUUUCAGCUGUAAUUGCAAGGUGGAGGCGACCAAGACGACCAUAGACAACUACUUUACAUUGCGCGGAAUGCUUGGGGAGGUUUUUGGACCGCGCGACAUGGAGACAUGGAGACGAACUUUGGAUGCGAUAACGAUAUUACCGUUACCAAAACUAACGCCAGAAGGGUACCAAAUCUUCUGCUGGAAGCUUAACGAUCGAGACCCAAGCAAAUAUGUAUUCGCCGAUGCGGUCAAGUACCUGGAGACCAUUAUCAAAAUGACGAUACUACAACAGGGAACUUUGGAUGGGUUGAUUGGCGUGGUCGAUAUGGAAGGAUUUUCACUAACACACCUUGCGAGGAUUAACCCGAUGCUGUUGAAAAAUCUAAUCGUUUUUGUGCAGGCACUUCCAAUCAUGCUCGAAGCUCUGCACUUUAUCAACGCCGGUACGCGUCUCGACAAACUUUUGACACUCAUGAAACCAGUCAUCAAGAAGGAGAUAUUUGAGAUGAUCCACAUCCACAGUGACUACCGGAAGACCUUGUACAAAUCCUUACCUCUCCAUUGCAUGCCAAAAGAGUAUGGAGGCUUGCUGGGGUCGGUUCAGGAGAUGAGGGAUGACAUGGUGGGGAUGAUUCUGAAUAACAUGGACUUUAUUGCAGAUGAAGAACGAAAGGUUGUGGACGAGUCGAAGAGACCUCACCCGACAACCAAAAUUAACGAAUUAUUUGGAAUUGAAGGUACCUUCAAGAAAUUAGAGAUAGACUAACAUCAAGUGGCAUGAUUUUGUAUCUUACGGCUGAUCAAUACACAACACUACUCUUG